AUGGUGAGCCUGGAGCUGAAUCGGAAAUUGCUGGUUGCGCAGAUUCUGGUUGCGCAGAUUCUGGUUGUGAAGAUUCUGGUUGUGAAGAUUCUGGUUGUGAAGAUUCUGGUUGUGAAGAUUCUGGUUGUGAAGAUUCUGGUUGUGAAGAUUCUGGUUGUGAAGAUUCUGGUUGUGAAGAUUCUGGCUGAAGCGCUUUUCGUGCCGCUGCUGCUUCAACUAACUCAAACCCACUCGGCUCUCGCCUUGUGCUUGACUGCGGUGCAGUAG